AUGUCUGGUAUCCUCCGUCUGGCCGCCUCGAGCUCCGCAAGGACAGUCCUCAAGCCAUCCGCUGGUCUCGUCCGCUCUGCUGGCCUCCAUCGCCAUGCCAUCCAACAGUCCUCCAAGCCAAAUCUCACUGUUUCAUCCUCCUCAAAGCUGUUUUCAAGACCUUCAAGGGCAGCCCUCUUCCCUGCAUCUUCUAUUGCCCAGCAGCGCGCUGCCUACCAUGACGAUGGCGCCUAUGGUUACCGUGUACCAAAAGUCUACUCCAUGCCAGAUUAUACCCCCGAGGAGCUCGCCAACAGGGUAGACAAUGCCAAUUUGCUGCGUCUGGUCAUCGGCUACAGAACACAUGGUCAUCUUGCGGCCGAUCUUGAUCCCUUGGAUAUUGUCAAGCGCCAGAAGGUCCUUGCCUUGGAUGCCGAGCGUUAUGCCCUCACGGACGAGGCAAAGUCGUACAACUUGAGCGGAAUCCUCCACGUCAACCAGUCCAAGAGCAGUGCCGAGGCCAAGGAGGAGGCCUCCCUCAAGACCGUCGUGGCCCACCUGGAAAAGUCAUAUUGUGGCAAAAUCGCCUACGAGUUCAUGCACAUUCCCAACGCAAGUGAGAGAAGAUGGUUUGCCCACGAGGUCGAGUCAUACCAAAAGCCCCCCAUUACCCCUGACGACAAGCAGCGCAUCUUUGAGCUCUUGACAAAGUCCGAGGUCUUUGAUCACUUUAUGGGCAAGAAGUUUGCCCAGGUCAAGCGUUAUGGUCUUGAGGGUGCCGAGAGUAUGAUGGUCGCCCUUGAUGCCCUCUUCCAGACCGCCUCCAAAGCUGGUGUCACGGAGGCUGUCUUGGGAAUGCCCCAUCGUGGUCGUCUCAACUUGUUGACGGAUCUGAUGCAAUACAACCCCACCGCCCUCUUCUCCAAGGUCAAGGGCAACCCCGAGUUCCCCAUCAACCUCCCUGCUUCGGGUGAUGUCCUGUCCCAUAUCGCCAACUCUCCCAAGCUCGACUAUGGCGAGGCUGAGCCAAUCCACGUCUCCAUGCUCCACAACCCCUCUCACCUUGAGGCCGUCAACCCCGUCGCCAUGGGCAAGGCGCGUGCCAAGCAGAUGGAUCUCAUCGCCAACUCUUCCCCCGAGUGCCAGCUCGGAGACAAGGUCAUGUGCGUCCAGUUGCACGGGGAUGCCGCUUUCACAGGCCAAGGAGUCGUCAUGGAGAGUUUGGGUCUUUCUAACUUGCCCCACUUCACCUCGGGAGGAUCUGUUCACAUUGUCGUCAACAACCAGAUUGGAUACACCACCCCUGCCCAGAACGCGCGCUCGUCUGUCUACAGUUCCGACAUCGGAAAGAUGAUCAACGCCCCUGUCAUCCACGUCAACGGUGACCAUCCUGAGGAGGUUGUCCACGCCAUGCGACUCGCCUUUGAGUACCGCAACAAGUUCCGCAAGGAUGUCAUUCUGGACUUGAUUGCCUACCGUCGUUGGGGUCACAACGAGCUGGACGAGCCCGCCUUCACCCAGCCUCUGAUGUACAACAACAUCCGUGCCCGCAAGUCUGUCCCCAAGAUGUACGAGGAGAAAUUGUUGGCGGAGAACGUGAUCACCAAGAGUGCGAUCGACGAGUUCCGUCAGGACUACUUUGAGAAGUUGGAGGAUGACUUUUCCGAGAUCGACAGCUUCAAGCCUGAGGCGGACCAUCUCGAGGACAAGUGGAAGGGCAUGAUAUUGCCCACCGAGACUGUGAGCAGACUCGACACUGGAGUCAGCAAGGAGGCCAUGACCAAGAUUGCCCAGGCAUCCAUUGCAUCCCCUAGCGACUUUGAGAUCCACCCCCGUCUCGAGAAGUUCCACGUGCAGUCGCGUCUGAAGAAGCUGAAGGAUGGCCAGAGCAUUGACUGGGCUACUGCUGAGGCGAUUGCGUUUGGUUCUCUGUUGAAGGAGGGAUACGAUGUCCGUAUCUGCGGUCAAGAUGUUGGCCGUGGCACGUUCUCGCAGCGCCACGCGAUGUUGGUUGACCAGAAGACUGAGCGUGUGCAUAUCCCCUUGAACGCGAUGAGCGAGUCGCAGGGUCAUCUUGAGGUUGCCAACUCGAGCUUGUCUGAGCUGGCCGUACUUGCGUUUGAGACCGGUAUGAGCUACGAGUCACCCAAGAUGCUGAACAUCUGGGAGGCUCAGUUUGGAGACUUUUUCAACUCUGCCCAGGUGACCAUCGACACCUAUGUCGCCAGUGCCGAGACCAAGUGGCUCCGUCAAUCGGGCUUGGUCAUGUUGUUGCCCCACGGCUACGACGGUGCAGGCCCCGAGCACUCGUCCUGCCGCAUCGAGCGCUGGCUCCAGAUGACAAACGACUCCUUCGACGUCAAGGAUCCCUCCAUCAAGGCCAACACCAACAUGCACGUCGUCAACCCCACCACCCCUGCCCAGUACUUCCACUUGCUCCGUCGCCAGAUGAAGCGCGACUUCCGCAAGCCCCUCAUCGUCGUCGGACCCAAGACCCUUCUCCGUCUGCCCACCGCCACCUCCUCCCUCGAGGACAUGGCCCCCGGCACCACCUUCGAGCCCAUCCUGGGUGACACCAAGACCGAGGAGGAUCCUUCUUUGGUUGAGAAAGUCCUCUUUGUCUCUGGCAAGCUCUACUAUGACCUGAUCAAGGAGCGUCAGACCAAGGGAGCCGAUGAGAAGGUGGCCAUUGUCCGUGUUGAGGAGUUGAGCCCCUUCCCCAAGGAGGGUCUCAAGCAGCAGAUCGAGACCUACUCUGGCGCCAAGGAGUUCACUUGGAUCCAGGAGGAGCCUCAGAACGGUGGCGCAUACUCGUUCAUGGAGCCAAGGAUACGCCAGUUGUUGCCCGAGAACAAGUCUUUGGGCUAUAUUGGUAGAGACCCCUCGGCAGCCCCUGCAACCGGCAUUGCCAUUGUCCACCGCAAAGAGAGUGCCGACAUUCUGGCCAAGGCCUUCCGGUUGUAA